AUGAGUCCGCUGAUGAUUCACUCGAUGCUAGAGCAAAACAAGUUCAUACGGUAUGUACAGGAGCUGCCAAUAACAAAUGAAACCAAAAAUACCAUGAUGAUGGUCGCUAGAAUAAGGACAAGACUACCAGAGAAUGAUUACUAUAAUACUACCACGUUUUUGAGCUACAUUGCGCAGUAAGUUUGCUUAAAAUUAUUUGGAAGCCCUAGCUUAGCCAUUUCCUAACUAUUGCCUAAUCCAAGCCUAGCUAAAGCCUAGAAUAGCCUAAGCCUAGGCCAAGACUAGCCCAAGUCUAGCUCAAAUUUAGUACAAGCCUAGCUCAAGCCCAGCCUAGCCCUAUCUUAGCCCAAUUUUAGCUCAAGCCCAGACAAGGUCUAGUCCAAGUUUAGCCCAAUCUGAGCCCGAGUUUAACCCAAGCCUAGACCAAGCCCAGCCUUGCCCUAUCUUAGCCCAAGCCUAGCCCAAGUUUAACUCAAGCCUAGACCAAGACUAGCCCUAACCUAGACUUUGCUUAGCCCAAGCGUAGCCUAGCUUAGUCCAACCCUAGGGCAAGUUUAGUCCAAGCCUAGCCCUAGCCCAAGUUUAGUCCAAGCCUGCUCAAGCUUACUUUGGAUGCAAAACCAACCCUAACUCAAAAACCAAAUUUUCAGUUUCAACAAGGACUACAGCACGGAAAAUGAAGCUAGUGUAAAAUAUGCCAACAUACGAACAUCUCUGGAUAAUAUCGAGGAACAAAAACGUGAAAACCCUCAGGCUAAGUUUGGACUGACAAUGUAUUCAGACCAAACCAGGAACGAUUUUAUUGCUCAAAAAACCUGUGGCGAUGGAUUCAAUGCUCAUUAUCAGAAGUGGAACUAUUUUAGUCGAUUUGGUAAGACAAUUGCUAGUUUAAUGAGGCAGAUUGGGCUCGGCCCGGUGCUUUUACAGGUCUACUCUAUAUGACGUGUUAGGUUGUUCAAUAUUACACGUGUAAACUGAUAUAUUAUAAUAUAAAACCCAUUUUUCAGUCGAAAAACCUCUACACCUAUCAGACGUGACAAUCCGAGCCGACGACUCCAUCGACUGGAGAAGCAAAGGCAAGGUCUCAUCAGUCAAAGACCAGAACCGAUGUGGAUGUUGCUACGCAUUCGCCGCCGUAGGCGCUGUAGAAAGCCAACAUGCCAUUAAAACUGGCAAAGUCAUCGACCUUAGUGUACAACAAGCCGUCUCCUGUACGUACAAAGACAAAAAGUAUGGAGGCAAUAAUGGCUGCAAAGGUGGACAAUCAGAUGGAGUUUUCAGGUACAUAAUUGACAAUGGAGGAAUCGCUUCGGAAAGCAGCUACAAGACUGUGUCUCCGAUUUCAUUGAGCAUCCCAAAAUGUGAAAAGAAGCCUAGUGUAGCCAAGAUUUCAAGGCAGUCUAAGCUCACUCCAAUGGAUGAAAACAAUCUGGCCAAGGUUGUGAAAACUGUAGGACCAGUCGUUACUUGUAAGUAUAACUACUAGUUUUUCAAUUUGUAGCUAUUCCUAGUCCUAGCUUAGCCCUAGCCUAAGGUCUAGCUCAAGAUGUUGCCCUAACUAUAGCUCUAGCCUUAGCUCAAGAUCUUGCCUCAACUAUAGCGCUAGCCCUAGCAUUAGCACUGACCUUAGCUCUAGCUAUAGAAUUAGCUUAAACUCUAGCUUUAUCUUAGCUAUACCAUUGAAUGAAAUAAUUCAGUCCAACACAAAUUCGAUGAAAAUCCAUUAAAAACUGUCAUUUUUCAGACAUUGAUGCCGAUUCCCUAAUGAAUUACAAAUCAGGCGUCGUUUCGACCAAAUCAAAGCGAAUCAACCAUGCUGUGCUAACGGUCGGUUUCACCAAAGAUUACUGGAUAAUCAAAAACUCAUGGACACCAAACUGGGGCGAAAAGGGAUACUUCCGACUGAAACGAGGAGUCAACGCGUUAAACAUGGCUCAAUACAACUUUGCUGCUUAUAAAUAA